CAGUUCCCGCGGCCUACUCGCCCGCCGUUGCAGCCGAGCGGAUGUUUGAUGCUCCGGGCCGGUGAAGGCGGUGGCGGCUGCGGCGGCGGUGGCGGCGGCGGGCUCCCCUGCCCCUGGCCCUGGCCCUGGUGACCAUGACGCUGGCUCCCAAGGAGCUGAGCAGCCUGAUCGGCAUCAUCUGCGAGGAGGCGACCAGCAACACUUUCGAGGGCCUGUCCACGGCUUUCCACCACUACUUCGGCAAACACGACCACUUCCGCCUCGGCUCCACGCUCGUCAUGUUGCUGCAACAGCCCGACCUGCUGCCCAGCCCCCAGCAGCGCCUCACCGCACUCUACCUGCUCUGGGAGAUGUAUCGCACCGAGCCGCUGGCCGCCAACCCCUUCGCCGCUGUCUUCGCACACCUGCUGAACGCGGGCACGGCGGCCGAGGACCCGGACAGGCCGCUGCUCGGGUUUUUGCCACCUAUUACACCUCCGGAGAAGUUUUUCCUCUCUCAGUUAAUGCUGGCUCCCCCAAGAGAACUUUUUAAGAAGACUCCCCGUCAGAUUGCAUGUAUGGAUGUCGGUAACAUGCCUCAGAAUGUAGACAUUAGUGGCUUGCAACUGGCCUUAGCAGAGCGCCAGUCUGAAUUGCCAACACAGAGCAAAGCCAGUUUUCCAAGUAUACUCCCCGAUCCUGAUCCCGACUCUUCUAAUUCGGGAUUUGACAGUUCUGUCGCAACUCAAAUCAUAGAGGCUUUAGUGAGUGGACCAAGGCCACCAAUAGAAAGUCACUUUCGGCCAGAGUUUAUUCGGCCUGCUCCUCCACUUCAUGUAUGUGAAGAUGAGCUAGCUUGGCUAAACCCCACAGAACCUGAUCAUACAAUCCAAUGGGAUAAAACCAUGUGUGUUAAAAACAGCACUGGGGUGGAAAUUAAGCGCAUCAUGGCAAAGGCCUUCAAGAGUCCCUUGUCUGCACAGCAACAAACACAGCUCCUGGGUGAAUUAGAAAAAGAUCCAAAGCUAGUUUACCACAUUGGACUGACUCCUGUCAAGCUGCCUGAUCUGGUAGAAAAUAACCCCUUGGUGGCAAUAGAGAUGUUACUGAAGCUAAUGCAAUCAAGCCAGAUUACAGAAUACUUUUCUGUACUUGUAAAUAUGGACAUGUCUCUUCAUUCCAUGGAAGUUGUAAAUAGGUUAACCACAGCUGUUGACCUUCCUCCAGAAUUUAUUCACCUCUAUAUUUCAAAUUGUAUCUCCACUUGUGAACAGAUCAAGGAUAAAUACAUGCAGAACCGUUUGGUGCGCCUUGUAUGUGUCUUCCUCCAGUCUUUAAUCAGAAACAAGAUAAUCAACGUCCAGGACUUGUUCAUUGAAGUGCAGGCCUUCUGCAUUGAGUUUAGCCGAAUACGAGAAGCAGCUGGCCUAUUCAGGUUACUGAAAACGCUGGAUACUGGAGAAAAUCCUCCGGAAGCAAAAUCAUCUAAAUAAAGGAAGGCAAGCUUCACAAUGUAACUCGGGAAUUCAUUGGGAACUUCUAUGUGAUUUCAGUGCACGACUGAAAAAUAACUAGUUUUGUUUCAAAACCGUAAGCCUUUCGUAACCAGCAAGUUUACCCAAAUGGGACCUGAUUUAUUUUCUUGUUAUACAAGCAUACAAACUGAUACUGAUUAGCAUCUUGGUCACAUUUUGGGAGGGUAGAGUUGUAUAGCAAAGAACAUCACUUUGCUGACUUCUAUUUAAUUUGGGGUAUACUUUCUUUAAAAGAAUACAACCAGUUUAUUUCAUUUCUUGAUGCUGUAUGUAUAAACAUAGUGCAAGUUAUAUUAAUGACUUAAAGUUCAUGAAGUACCAAAGUAAAAGAAAGUGAACAAUGUUUAAAUUGAAACUUCAUGGAUAUUGAUUAUAAAAGUUUUGUUUUAAUUAAAAUGCUGAAAUAUGAAGCACCA